AUGCCCUUCAACCCCGCAACAGAUAUCGGUGAUCUGUCUGGAAAGGUGAUCUUCGUGACUGGAGGCACCUCUGGAAUCGGCAAAGCAGCAGUGCUGGCACUUGCAGCACACCACCCCAGCGAAAUCUACUUUACAGGCCGCAACACCCAAGCCGGCCGUGAUGUUACCGCUCUGCUCAAGUCGUCGGCUCCUUCAGUGCAAACCCAUUUCAUCGAGUGCGACUUGGCUUCCCCUCGCCAGACCAUCCGUGAAGCCAUUGUCGCCGGCUUCACAGCAAAAAGAUUGGACAUUCUGAUUGCCAAUGCGGGAAUCAUGGCGACACCUGCUGCCCUGACAAAGGAAGGUUUCGAGAUCCAAUUCGGGACAAACUAUCUCGGACACGCUGUGCUUGUGCGUGUGCUGCGUGAACAGCUCUUGCGUACAGCACAGCAAGGUAGCGACACACGCCUCGUGGUCGUCAGCUCGUUCGGACACACAUUGGCGCCACCCUCAGGCAUAGACUUUGACGCCUUGCGCACCGCAAACGCAGGCACCACAUGGCAGCGCUACGGACAGAGCAAACUCGCCGACAUCUAUCUCGCAAAGUCGUUUGCGAGACACUUUCCACAGGUGACGAGUGUAUCCGUGCAUCCGGGACUCGUGCGCACGCAGCUCAGCAAUGGCGUCGAGAGCUCCUGGUUGACACCCGUGUUCAAAUUGCUGCGCUGGACACCGCUGUAUCAGAGUGCAGACAAGGGCGCGUGGAAUGUGCUUUGGGCGGCCACGGCUCCAAAAGAUCAGAUCAAGAAUGGCAUGUACUAUGAACCCGUGGGCAAGGAACCUGGGAAGGCAGCCAAGGGUUCUGGUCAGUCAGAGACGGUCAAGGAUGAGGCGCUGGCGGAAAGACUUUGGCAAUGGACAGAGGGUGAACUGAGUAAUGUUGCCUAG